AAAAUGGAUAUAACAAUAAGCCAUUAUAAUAUGUUUUAAAUUUUAAAUCAAAUUUUAAUAUCUAAACGUGUCGUAUUUUUCGCCAUAUUACGCAUUGUGUUUCUUUUCAGAAUUCUAAGCUAAUACAACAUGGGCAACAUAUUUGCCAAUUUAUUAAAAAGUCUUUUUGGGAAAAAGGAGAUGAGGAUAUUGAUGGUAGGACUUGAUGCAGCAGGGAAAACUACAAUUUUAUAUAAAUUAAAGCUUGGUGAAAUUGUCACCACUAUACCAACUAUAGGCUUUAAUGUUGAAACUGUAGAAUAUAAAAACAUAAGUUUUACUGUAUGGGAUGUUGGAGGUCAAGAUAAAAUUAGACCUUUGUGGAGACAUUAUUUUCAAAAUACACAAGGGUUAAUAUUUGUUGUUGAUAGUAAUGAUAGAGAGAGAAUUGGAGAAGCUAGAGAAGAACUCAUGCGUAUGUUAGCAGAAGAUGAAUUGAGAGAUGCCGUUUUGCUCAUUUUUGCAAAUAAACAGGACUUACCUAAUGCUAUGAAUGCUGCAGAAAUAACUGAUAAAUUAGGAUUACACUCUCUUCGUCAAAGAAACUGGUACAUACAAGCUACUUGUGCCACUACAGGAGAUGGCUUAUAUGAAGGCUUAGAUUGGUUGUCCAACCAACUUAAGAACCAAAAAAACUAACCAAUUUUUUGUGAAUAUUUAUUUAUCAAAGUUACCUAUUAUUUAUGGGAGGAAAUUUCUGAGUUUGUGUGAAAGUUACUUGUGUAUGAUUAUAUAUAAUUUUAUUAUUAUUUUAUUUCAUGAGACAUUACAGUUUUAUACUUUAUUACCUAUACAUUUUAAAUAUCUUUUUAAUAGAAAAGUUUAAUAUGAUAUUUAUAUUUAUAAUAUCAAAAUAAUUUUGCUCUUUCAUUAUAUACAGAUACAGCACUAAGUAUUUACAAUGUCAACAUCCCAAUCCUAAUUUUUUCUAAAUAUAGCAAUUAUUUUUUAAUUUAUGCUACCAUGACUAAACUAACACUCAAAAAUAUAUGACAUUGAUAAUAUCAAUGAUUUUUAUAUUUUCCCAUUUAUUAUAUUAUAUUUAUUUACUCUAUUUAAAAACUUAUGAUGUUGAAAUGGGCUUGAUAAGAUAUUAUUAAUAAAUGAAAUGAUGUGUUUGUUUUUUGGUA